AUGACAACGGAUUCCACAAUUGAUGCUGAGCGCGGCGCCGACUCCAAGUCGGCCCUGCUUCCUCUGGAAACGCAAGCUUCGUGCACAAGGAUCGCAAACAGCGAACAAGCCAAACAACUACCACCAAACCCAUUUUUGACUCGUGCACCGGCAGAAGAGCUGGUGGAGGAGGACUUAGUACUCCGGAGAUGGCAGCUAUCUGAUGCACAAGCACUAAACACAGCGGCCAGCGGCUCAGUCGUCGAGCUUGCUCGUUGGAUGCCAUGGGCUGCAGAUGGAUACGACCUCACAAAGGCGUACCAGUUUCUGGAGUUCGCGGACAAGGCAUGGAACAAUGGGGAUGAAUACAACUUCGCGAUUAUUGUUGAUGGUCAACCCUGCGGCUCAUUUGGGUUGAUGACGCCAGUGACAAACGCACCAAACACUCUAGAGAUUGGCUACUGGCUCGCCAACGAAGCAACAGGUCGCGGAUUGGCAACACGAGCUACGGCUUUGCUAAGGCGCAUAGCCUUUGAGAUUGGGGCGGAACAUGUCCAGAUCCGGCAUGACCAACGCAACUCUCGUAGCGGUGCAAUUCCUCGUCGUCUUGGCUUUAACUGUCUUGGGCUCUACGACCUGCCUUCCGGAAAGGGCGGACAAGACGUAAAAUCUUUGCUCUGGCAGAAGGAUCGUUGUGACGAACUCCAAUAA